AUGAUCCUCCAGAUCACGUGGGUUUCCUGGCUGACGAUGUUGCUCUUAUUGUGGCCCAUAGCAACAGUAAUAGCAGGAACAGAUGUAAAACCUGGCUGCCAAGAAAAGUGUGGGAAUGUUAGUGUCCCUUACCCGUUCGGGAUUGGAGAAGAAAGCUGUGCCAUGAAUAAGCGCUUCUUCCUAAAUUGCACCAACAAUACUGAGGGUCAUCCUGAACUGGUGUUUGGACGUAACUUGCUCACUCGCAAUAUAUCAGUGCUGCAAGGCACAAUAACCACCAGCAUUACCACAGUUUUCAACUGCUAUAACAAAUCAGGUAACAACAGAUACGGUAACAGGAUGUCUAUCUCCCUUGGAUCAGGCCCUUUCACGUUUUCAGACACCCGAAAUAUAUUCACAGCCGUUGGAUGUGAUGUCUCUGGUCGGGUGACCAACGAAGAGUUUACAUAUGGAACUUCCUGUAUGUCCUUAUGCACCGAAUAUGUGAACAUGUCAGAUGAGAAUCCUUGCUCAGGUUCUGGAUGCUGCCGAACCUCAAUUCCCAAGGGCCUCAAGUCACUUAAUAUUUCAUCUGCAAAUAUUUACAACCACACGAAAGUUACAGACUUCAAUCCUUGUGGAUUUGCUAUUUUAGCGGACAAAAGCUCCUUCAAACUUUCAGAUUGGCCGCUCUCUCGGAAGCCAAAUUAUGUAAGGCCAAAAUCUGAAAAGCGAAAUUAUACAUCAGAUGUUGUGGUUGAGUGGCGAGUUAAAAACGAGACUUGCGAACAGGCUAAACUUAAUACAAGUACAUAUGCUUGUGGCACUAAUGCAUACUGCACUUACCCUGAGAAUGAUUUCGGAUAUCAUUGCUUAUGCAAUGAAGGGUUCCAAGGAAAUCCCUAUCUCCGAGAAGGAUGCCAAGGUUUUAUUCAUACUUUUCUAACAUUGAAAAUAGAUAUCGAUGAGUGCAAGGAUCCAGUAAGAUACCCAUGUGAAGGUACUUGCAAGAACAUUAUUGGAGACUACAAGUGUCGCUGUCCACUUGGCAUGUAUGGUGAUGGUAAAAAAAGUUGUCGAGGAUUUGGUAUCAGCACUAUUGUUGCAGGUGAAUAUGUGCCCUUUGCAUUUGCUUAUGAGUUUCUCAGUUAUAAAGCAUCAUUCAUAGCCAAUAAGCGCGCAGCAGCUGAUGAAGGUGAAAUGGAAGAGAUAGAAGCUGUUGCUGAUCUCACGAAACGAUGCCUAAAUAGCAUCGGCAUAAACCGUCCUUCCAUGAAGGAAGUGUCUGAUGAGCUUGCUAAGCUGAAAGCUCUUCAUGAGAAUUCCUGGACUCAGCAAAAUAGCGAUGAGACAGAGCACUUGCUAGGGGAAUCAUCACAAUCUUUCUUAAAAAAUGCAAGUCCUCCAAUGACUCAGUCUCAGACUCUGAUAUCAUUUGAGAUUGAGAACUACACUGAUAGUAUUUAA